CUCUCCCUCUCCCCCUCUCCCCUUUCGUUUCUCGGAGAAGAAGCCGUCUGUCCGAAGCGAAGUGGCUGUUUUUCCAGUGCGCUGCAGAAAAGGUCACAGGCUCUCCGUUUCUCUCCGCUGAAGGGUCGAUAUUCCGGUCGUAUCUCGGCCGCUAAGUUCCCCCGCCCCGAACACCGCGACAGGAGGACCAUGUCGCCGUUCCUGAGAAUCGGGUUCUUGACCUUUGAGCUGGACCCAGGUCUGGCGUAUCACGAAGAGGUCCUCAAUCCGUACUGUGCUGUUUACAUGCAGGACACAGAGGACGGGCAGGAGAGCCAGCAGCGGGAGCCCACCAUGUACCCCCCGUGGAGCACCACGUUCGACGCCCCCAUCCGGAAGGGGCGCGUGAUGCGCGUGGUGGUGAAGGACGAGACGGCCGACCUGGAGGUGGAGGCCAGCGUGCCGCUGGAGCUGCUGGCCAAACGCUUCAAGAGGGAGAGCUCCAAGCUGGAGACCUGGGUGGAUCUGAAGCCGCAGGGCCGUUUGCUGUUGGAAGCCAAGUACUUUCUGCAGAAGAGUGGCGAUGAUGGACAGAGCGAUGGAGAGCGGGACGAGGACAGGGUCAGCCUCCAAUCGCUGCACCAGCGGCGCGGAGCCUUCAAGCAGGCCAAGAUCCACGCCGUCAACCGCCACGAGUUCUCCGCCACCUUCUUCCCCCAGCCCACCUUCUGCUCCGUCUGCAAGGACUUCGUCUGGGGUCUGAAUAAACAAGGCUACCAAUGCAGACAGUGUAACGCCGCCAUCCACAAGAAGUGCAUCGACAAAGUCAUCGCCGCGUGCACGGGCUCGGCCAUCAACAGCAAAGAGACCUUGAUCCACAAGGAACGGUUUAAGAUUGACGUGCCCCACAGGUUCAAAGCGUACAAUUUCAAGAGCCCCACCUUCUGUGAGCACUGUGGCACAUUGCUGUGGGGGCUGGCCAGGCAGGGCCAAAAAUGUGAGGAGUGCAGUAUGAAUGUUCAUCACAAGUGCGUGAAUAAAGUAGCAAACCUAUGUGGGGUCAACCAGAAACUGAUGGCAGAGGCACUGGCCAGGAUUGAGACCACCCAGCAGGCCCGAAGUUCCAAAGACGGUGAUGAUGCCGGCCUGGAGGAUCUUACGGGCGACGGCCAUCCCGAUUUGGUCAGAGAGCCGUCAGGAUGCGCCCAGUGCUUCUCCAUACCCUCUAUGGGAAGGAAAGAGAGGCAAUGGCAAACCGCAGGGGUCCCCCAAACUGCACAGAAGUUCACCAUCGACAGCUUCGUCCUCCACAAAAUGCUUGGCCGAGGCAGCUUCGGCAAGGUCUUUCUGGCAGAGCUCAAGUCCACAGGGCAGUUCUUUGCAUUGAAAGUCCUGAAGAAGGACGUGGUUUUGAUGGACGAUGACGUCGACUAUAUCAUGGUGGAGCGGAGGGUUUUGUCUGUUGCCUGGGAGCACCCAUUUCUCACUCACCUGCACUGCACCUUCCAGACCAAGGAGAACCUCUUCUUUGUCAUGGAGUACGUGAACGGCGGCGACCUCAUGUUCCACAUACAGAACUGCCGUACUUUUAACCUGCGGAGAUCCACGUUCUAUGCAGCUGAGAUAAUUUGUGGCCUCCAGUUCCUCCAUUCCAAAGGUAUCAUAUACAGAGACCUGAAGUUGGACAACAUCCUGCUAGACACUGAAGGACACAUCAAGAUUGCCGACUUUGGGAUGUGUAAGGACAGCAUGCUAGGAGACAUGAGGACGUCAACCUUCUGUGGGACACCGGACUACAUCGCACCCGAGAUCCUGCUGGGCCAGAAGUACGGGAGCUCUGUGGACUGGUGGUCGUUCGGGGUUCUGCUGUACGAGAUGCUGAUUGGUCAGUCUCCCUUCCAUGGCCACGAUGAGAAGAGGCUAUUCCAGUCCAUCCGCACCGACAGUCCCUUCUAUCCCCAUUGGCUGCAGCGGGAUGCCCGCGAUAUCCUGGUCAAGGUGAGCGCAUGCAUGCUCCCAGGCCCACUUACACACCGACCGACAUUUCCACGUUACGGAGUUCUAGGCUCCGUUUCACAUCAUACGCAUAUCCGCAACCAUUCUUGUUCCACCAAGUUUGGAUUGAAGCGCUGCAUUUUUAGAAAGCAGCGUGAGUUGCCGAAUCACCCACAGCUGCGCUAUUAUUGGUUGCAGCUAUUUGUCCGGGAGCCGAAAAAGAGACUGGGCGUGAGAGGGAACAUUCGGCACCACUCUUUCUUCCGGGACAUUGACUGGACUGCGCUCGAGAACCGACAGGUGGAGCCGCCCUUCCGACCUAAAGUGAACUCUCCGAGUGACUGCAGCAACUUUGAUAAGGAGUUCAUAAAUGAGAAGGCAAGACUGUCGUACACAGACCGGGCGCUGAUGAACAGCGUGGACCAAACAAUGUUCAACGACUUCUCCUUCGUUAACCCAAGGAUAGACUGUUCCAGGAAGCCCUGACGUCCUCAGCGCUGUCACAGAUAAAAAAAAAUGAACAGAGCGGCUAAUACUCACGCUCACUGAUACCGGUGCAACCAAUCAUUAAUCACUGUGACCCAACAUCCCCUGGAAGCCACAGAUUCACUGAACUAAUAACCGGUGUCAGAAUUGCAACUGAAAGAACUUCAACGCGAGGCUGAAUUUAAAUAAUCCCAUCAAGAUGACUGGAUACUCUGAACAUUACUGAAGUCUGAUAAUCAUUCAUCAACAUCUGGCUGAGAUAUUUAUUCGGUUUCCAAAUUUUGAGAAUUACACUGAAAACAUAUGGGAACAUGCAGUGGUUAUAUUCUCACAGAAAAUGAAAAACGUAUGUGAAAAGUCUCAGAAACGUGCCUCAGAACAGUAGACCGAAAAGCAAGGAUGAAUCCACACACUGCGUUUGCUCCCCAGUGCAAUGCAUGUAUUAGCACUAAAUAUAAACAAUGUCACAUUUAUUUAGUGCUAAUAAAUUAUUUUCUCUCCAGCUUGAAGCAUCCCUCAUAUUUGGUGCUAAUAAAUGAAUUUCACUGGGGAGCAAACACACCAUGCAAACUCAUCCUUCCUUUCUGUAAUUAUAUUUUUACUCUCCUGGGUGUGCCUGUGUAUCCCCUGGCUGCAGUAUAAAACACUUGAAAAAAUUUCUCUCCUGGAGGACUUAUGAAUUAAAUGUUGGGUUCAUGCUUCCUUUCUUCCAUACUUCUCAACCGUCUCAAACUGGUGUUUGUUUUGGUUGAGUCAUUAGGUCACCUGUCAUUUUAGGUGCCGUGUUGAGGCAGAGGCCCCGAGAAGAACCUUAGAGAGAGAGAAAUGGCUUCAAUGGCCAUAACAACCAACCACCCUGCUGGUCAGCACAAUGUGCAUGCUAUAAAAAGCCAGAGAAAGCUUUA